AAGGUUGUAGAAGAGAAGUGUGAUGCACAUCCACGAUGUACGAAAAUCCGACCUCCGUUGCCACUGCAGGGCUCCGAUUGGCUCCGUCAAGCCGCGGUCCCGAUCUAUAGUCAAGAAGGUCGUCUUCGCCAUCGACUUACAAACAGCUUCCACCACACUCGCGACAGACCUCGCAUAGUAUAUUCGCCCCCGAAAGUCCCAUCACACAUUUAGCCACCGACCAUGGCUGCCUCAACGCGCACAGUCGCGCGCCUUCCCCGCCAGCUCUCCCGUCGCACAUUCAGCAUCUCAGCUCGACAUGCUCAAGCACCCUUUGGCUCGGGCCCAGCACCACCCCGCCUACCCAAGGAAGAGCAAGAACUCUUUGAGAAGCUGCAAAAGCAAAGCACUGGCGCCUUCAGCACACCCAAAGACAUUGAAACCCCAACCUCCAAACCAAACAUCCGCAUGCAAAUCAACCAGUCUCCAGACUCGUCAUCUCCAACACCCGCCUCCCCCGCCUCCAGGUCAAGACCACAAAUAAAUCAGUCACCCGACUCAGCUCCCGAAGUACGGUUUGAGAAUGGCAAGGAAAUCAAGAAGGGAGAGGAGUUUCAUCCUAAUAUGAGGAGAGGGGCACCGCCGGAGUUUGAGGGUGAUGUUAAUCCCAAGACGGGGGAGGUGGGCGGACCGAAGAAUGAACCUCUUAGGUGGGGAAGCACUGGAAAGACGGGUGAUUGGAGCUAUAAUGGGAGGGUUACUGACUUCUGAGAGAAGCGUUGCUAGA